AUGGAACAAGAUCCAGCGAGUUUAGAUACAUCAGAGUGGCCAUCGUCCUUUCAAAGGCUUUUAAGAAUAUUUUUUCAAAUUAAUACCCAUUUGACAUUCUUAUCAUCGCAUUCAAGAUCAACUAUACCAACUUAUGACCUACUACAUAAACUAAAUGGAGACAUCAGUAAACUCGAUUUGGCUAUUAUUGCCAACAUAUUGCCCCAUGGAGAUGUGACAUAUGAAUAUGUGGAUGAAAAUCAGGUAAUGCUUUCGUUUACCGAAAAAGUUCUGUUCGAUUGGGCUACAGGGUACCACCAAUCCAAGCCAAGUACCAUGGAUGAUGCUUAUAAGGAAGCUGCAGAAAUGAGAAGUGAUCCAGAUUCGAAACAAUUGCUUAUAUUUGACUUUAGGGAUACUAAAGUCCAGGGCAUUGGUUCUGUAAUUAAGGGAGGAAGAAGGGCAAAGAAACGGAAAACAGAACCAGUGGAUCCUGGUGAAGGUUUUUUUCUUUCUAGUAAGGACCUUAGUCUUCAAAACCUCACACAUAAGCAGCUUCUGAAUAUAAUAAUUGGUCGAAAUGAAAAAUUUAAGCGAUGUGUAGCAGAGUUUUUGCAAUCCUGUACUGAUGAAGAACUACAGGGUAAGGAUGAAUUGGCUAUGAAGAAAUUACGUGAUUACAAUCAGGAUAAGGUUCCAGAGCCGCCAAGUUUAGAGGAUCCUGUGGUGACGCUUGGAAAGAACACCGUAGUUAUUUCCUCAGAUGAAAAGCCAUCCUUGGAGAAUAUGAUUAAUGCAUUAAAACUGAAGCCGUUCUAUAAGGAUCAGAUUGUCGCUAUUGAAACAUUGACUCCCGCACAAGGCGGUAGAUUUGAUACGCUUCCUAUCAAGCAAGAAGGUAAUGAAAGCGUAAUUCAUGCAGAUCUAAAGAGGGCACUCCUAAAUUAUAAGAACAUAGCGAUUGAUGAUGGAUUGUAUUUACAUCAAGUAGAGGCAUUGAAAGCAUUGAUGUUUGACAAUGAUUACAAGAACCAUGUCAUUGUUAGUACUUCAACUAGUUCUGGAAAAUCCCUCAUUUAUCAAUUACCCAUAAUCAAUGAUAUCCUUUGGAAUAUUAGUAAAGGUAACAAGAAGAGAGAAUGCACUGCGUUUUUUAUAUUUCCCACUAAGGCGCUAGCGCAAGAUCAGAAAAGACAUCUACAGGAAUUUAUUAAGCACCUUACGGUAACCCAAAAUAGACAAAUAAUUGUUGAUACAUAUGAUGGGGAUACGCCUUGUCAAGACAGAAGUUCAAUACGGACAUUUGCAGAUAUUAUUUUCACAAAUCCAGACGCCAUACAUGCUUCGAUUUUGCCUAACCACAGCGGAACCUCAUUUGAUAGGUCCAGUUGGCAUGAUUUUUUGUCGGCCUUGAAAUAUGUUGUAAUGGAUGAAUUGCAUGUUUACAAGGGUACCUUUGGUAUGCAUGUGAGUUAUGUUAUGAGUAGAUUAAUGAGAAUAGUCACAAACCUACGUAAAGACCAAGCUAUAUAUCCCCUUAACAAUUUGCAAUUCAUUUCCUGUUCCGCCACGAUAAAGAACCCAGUAUCUCAUUUUAGGGCUGUUUGCGGAAUAUCUUCAAAGGAAAAGAUAGUCCAUGUAUAUGAAGAUGGUAGUCCGUGCUCAGAAAAGAAGUUAGUAGUCUGGAACCCACCCGCUUUGAUGAAUAAAAAAGGACAAACUCCUUCAUCAACUGGUUUUGGAAAAUCAAAUUCUUUGAAUUCAGUCCUUGUCCCAAGAGAAAAUACUAUACUGGAGCUGGCCAAACUACUACUUCAGCUUCUAAAUAGUUUAUCAACAAUAAAGGUGAUUGUUUUCUGCCCGAUUCGUGUUGUUUGUGAACUAAUGAUGAAGGAGAUUCGAAGCUUAUUAUCAAAUCCUACAUUUUCUGGCUCUUCCUUAUCUGAAAGUGAUAUCAUGUCAUACAGAGGUGGAUAUUCAAAAUCUGAUCGACGCGUAAUUGAAGAAAAGAUGUUUAAUGGUAAGCUAAGGGCUAUUAUAGCGACAAACGCAUUAGAAUUGGGUAUUGAUUUAUCGGAUUUGGACGUUGUAAUAACAUGUGGUUUUCCAAUGCUGAAACUGAAUUUACAUCAACAGUUUGGACGUGCAGGAAGAGGGAGUAUAUCGCAAGGCAGUCUAGCUAUUUUUGUUGCUGGAUCAAAACCACUCGAUCAACAUUACUUGAAGUACCCUUUAGAAUUGUGUGAUAAAAGUACGUACGAAGAUUUAUGUGUCGAAGGUUUAAUGGAUUUGGGCCUGAACCAGCUUAUUAUGGAAAUGCAUUUACAAUGUGCUGCCUUUGAAUGGCCAAUUGAUAUUGAAGGUGAUAUUGACUGGUUUUCUCUGAAUGGAUCAAUAAAUAAAAAAAAUGCAUUUAUUAAAUUAUGCAGAGAAAGAUUGUACAAGGAUAAGGAUAACAAAUAUCGUACAAGUCCUCGAUAUUUACCUUGGCCUGUUGAUCAUGUUGCUAUCAGGGCUGUUGAAGAGACAAACUACGCAGUAGUUGAUACCACAAAUGGUCGUAAUAUUGUAAUUGAAGAAGUUGAGGCGCUGCGAACAAGUUUUACACUUUAUGAAGGUGGCAUAUUUUUACAUCAAGGAUAUCCUUACUUGGUGACGGAAUUCAAUUCAGAUGGAUGUUUUGCAAAGGUUGAAAGAGUAAAAGUUGACUGGAUUACUCAACAAAGGGAUUUCACUGACGUUGAUCCAGUUGAGGUUGAAUAUAUUAAAUGCCUAAAUCCACCAUUAGAUACAAAUAAAGUAAAUGAUAUACCCACAUUCUUUGGUAAAAUAGAGACAACCAUAGUGGUAUUUGGUUAUUUCAAGGUCAAUCGAAGGUCGGAAAUUCUAGAAGCAGUUGAAGUUAAGAAUCCGCCUGUUAUUCUUCAUUCCAAAGGGUUUUGGAUUGAUAUUCCAGUUAACGCCUUGAAUGUAAUCCAAGAAAAAGAUUUAUCUCCUGCUGCUGGUAUACAUGCUGCACAACAUGCAAUUAUGAAUAUCCUUCCGUUGUUUAUAAAUGGUGGUGCAACUACCAACCCUAAUGCAAAAUUCUCUUCUAAUGUAGGAGAAUCUGAGUUAAUGACCGAAUGCAAAGCUCCAGAAAAAGAGUUUGCACGGAGACAAACUAAACGGAAGAGACCGGCUCGUUUGAUAUUUUAUGAUGCAAAAGGAGGUCCACAAGGUUCAGGUAUAGCAGCUAAAACGUUCGAACAUAUUGACGAAAUUUUGCACACCACGUAUCUUAGGGUUAAAGAUUGUGAAUGUGAAUGGGGUUGCCCUAGUUGUGUUACUGCUAGUUUCUGUAAAGAAAUGCUGUUAGUAAUGUCCAAGCCAGCAGCAAUAAUUAUAUUGGGUGGUUUGUUAGGAUUAGAUUUGGCUGACUUGAAGAACGAGGUUUCUGAUGGCCCUGAACCAAAUAUGCCACAAUUGACUGUAGAGACAAUUCAACCAAGUGGAUCAGUAAAACUAUCUCCUGAUGUGGAAAUUAUAGAAGUAAGACAAGCUUCAGAACCAUUGAAACCUUUGAUUAAAAAAGAAGAAACAUAG